UUUCGAGCGUUCCGUGCUGGGCCGGCGGCCAGCGAGCGGCGCGGCUGUUACCUCUCCGGCGAUUGUCCGGCCAGCCGUGCUCAAUCCCCAACUGGAUUUGGGCCCCUAGUAACUAUGGAAUGCCAAAGUGAAGUGAGCAAGGCUCCUUCUUUUGCUAUUUGUGAUGUCCAGUCUGACGCAGAAUCAGCCGUCCACACUAGGCCAAGUCUGGACAUUGGGUUUACUACACCACAGAAAUCCUAUAGUGCACCUUUCUGUGGCUCAUCUUGUACUCUAGAGUGUGAUGAUGCCAUCAGACCAGCCAUUGGGAUGACUUUUGCUGAUUUGAACGCAGCCAAGGAGUUCUAUGAAGCUUAUGCACAUCAUGUUGGUUUUUCAGUACGUGUGGGGCAGCAAAAGAUUGUCAAUGGUGUCAUUACUCACAAGCGUUUCUACUGUGACCGUGAAGGUUUCCGUGAAGAGCGGAAAGGUAAGGAAACUUUGGUAGCUAGCACUGGUAGUAAGAGGAGAUAUGAGAGGAAAAUCACUAGAUGUGGGUGCGAAGCUAAACUUGCAGUCAAACGUACGGUCGAGAAUAAGUACAUUGUGACACUUUUCGAACAGGAGCACACACACACACACACUUGUAUCACUUAGUAAAAAACAAUUCAUCAGAUCAAACAGGAAAGUUAGCCAACAAGCAAAAACUACAUUAUGGAACUGUCAUAAAGCUAGCAUUGGCACAUCCCUAGCAUAUAGGUUCCUUCGUGUAGACUUGUUUUUUUUUGAGAAUGUUGGCUGUACAAAGAGAGACUUGCAAAAUCACCACCGAAACC